CUGCAAAGCCAGAAUCCGGGAGGCCUUUCUGUGUGCACGGCUGCACAGGGAAUUACAAGAGCCCUGGUCUGUGGGCGCAGAAAUGGCAGUUUAUUUUUAGGUACCAAAUCAGUAUUUUCCAAAACAAAGUAUUCAGUGGGAACUGGGGUGGGGUGCUCCCUUGUAGCUGCUAAGCUCGUUCCUGCACGGCCUAAGAGGAGACCCCUACUCUCAGCUGUACUUCUGCAAUUAGAGAGUGUGCUGGGAAGGUCGGCUAGCCUCUGCAAACUCUCCUGAGAUGAGCCACACACGUACCACCUAUCCUUGCCAAAAUACAGUUGACCUUUGAACAACACUGGUUUGAAGUGCCCACCUUCACUUACAUGUCUCUUUUCUUUUUUUUGUUUGUUUGUUUUGGCAGACGCACUGCAGGAUCCCAUAAGUGCCCUUAGAAUUUUCUUCCUCACAUUUCCUCCUGUCCAGCUUCCUUCAUUGUAAGAAUAGAGCAUCCAGUGCUUAUAAUACACAAAAUAACGGGCAAGUGCCCCGUAAGUCUUCUGGACAACUGUGGGCUUUUCGCAGCUAUGUUUUGGGGGCCGUCAAAAGUUAUAAGCGGGUUUUUCAGUGUGUGGCAACCCUCACGUAGUUUCAGCAUCAACUGUGCUUUUGAAUUCCUCUGGCUACCUACUAACGGUGGGAGGGGGGCCCCUUUGGGCCACACUUGGAGAACCUCAGCUCUGAGUAGGAAGAACACAUUUUUCAGUGAGCUCCCCGCCCCCCCCCCCCCCAGAAGCCUCCACCCAGGGAAAUGAAUCUUUGUUUUACUUGAGCAAGCCUUUAACUUGUCUGAUAACACUGGAAUUUGUUUGUUUUUUUUUUUAACAUAUUUAUGUACAUUAGAAGUGAAUGCCGGGUGAGUAAGAACCAGCAAGCUUGGAGGGGCUUAGGGACAGGGAAGUCAACACGUGGCCUUUUCAGUUAGCUUGUAUACUGAGGGACGAUGAGAAAGCAGUCAAAACCCGUGGAGCACUGUCACUUACACGUAACCCCGCAAUGUCGCUCUGAGCCGGGUUUUGUCACCUGCCUAGGAGCCCCGUUCCGGGAGCUCCCCGGUCAAUCUGGGAAAGGAAUUUAGCCUUGGAGGUGGUGUCCCUGCACGGGCACACCAAAACGCGUGUUUGCAAAACUUGUUUGUGGUGUGUCGACAUGGCUGGCUGGCCCUGUUCUUUCUACCUGCUGAUUUAAAACAAACAAAAUUGUGGAAAUACAAAGUACUUGUGAAGUCACGUGCCUGCCAGACUGUGUGUUCCAGAAGAGGAUCCUUAUAUAGAAGGAUGAACGUUUGCUUCCUGGCCCUCCACGAGCCCCAGCCUGUCUGUCAUCUUAGAAAUGACUUUAGAUAUACUGGUGGGAGCACGUCCCCGCCCUGGGUCUGCUGGUGGCCCACAUCCCAAGCGGCAAACCCACUGCUUUGCCUUUUAAAGCUUUUCUGAUCAGCUCCUCGCUGCACUGGGUGUUUGGAUGAGAGCCACUGAACUUUGCCCUGGGCCUGGAGCUAAACAGUAACAAAGACCCAGUUCCCAUUUCCGGUUGGGAGUAACUUGACUUUUUUUUUUUUUUUUUUUUCUUCUGAGCACUGUGACCAGGAAGAUGGGCUUGGACCUUUUCGGGAAGGGGAAUGCAUGUGGCAGGCAGGACCUCUCAGGACCCCCGGGGAGGGGCUUGGAGACUGUCCCCCAGAGGUGCCCGAACCACCUGCCAAGGAUGCGCGGAGAAAGCCUGCCUUGAAGAAACCUUUACUGGUGACUGUGACCAACGCCAUUGUGGGCCGAGCGGUACAGAUGGUGGCGGCAGGCGGCCCUGCCCAGGGGCCUUCCAGGGGCUCGCCGGAAACAUCCCCUGCUCGUCGCCUGCUUUCCUGGGGGCCCCCAGAGAUCCUGACGAAGACCUGAUACCGCCGAAUUGUGCUGCCGGGGUAGGAUGGACCCGCUCAUACUCCAGAGCCAGCAUGCAGCGCUUUGGUUCCUUCCCCGGUCCCUCGACGGCCGUUCCUUGUCCAGGUGCGCGAUCCUGACUGGACUGCAGAACGUGCAGCUUGGGGUCUCCUCUUUCCGCAAGCCAUGGCUGUGUUGGAUUCCCUCCACCUGUCCUGCAGAUCCUGGGCCUCGUCUCUUUGCUUCCUACGUACAGUUGCCCACAGAACAGUGUCCUCCAACCAGCCCAGCAGGUGCGCAGGAAUGAGUGGAGGCCCCGCAGGCGGGCCGCGGCGCAGAAGCCAUGGAGGCGAAAGGCCUGGACCCGUCCCAGACAGACCUCAAGUUAGUGGCCCACCCACGCGCCAAGAGCAAAGUAUGGAAGUACUUUGGCUUCGACACCAACGCCGAGGGCUGCAUCCUGCAGUGGAAGAAGAUCUACUGUCGCAUCUGCAUGGCCCAGAUCGCCUACUCCGGCAACACCUCCAACCUCUCCUAUCACCUGGAGAAGAAUCACCCCGACGAGUUCUGUGAGUUCGUCAAGAGCAACACGGAGCAGAUGCGCGAGGCCUUCGCCACCGCCUUCUCCAAGCUGAAGCCCGAGGCGUCGCAGCUGACCCCACCGGACACGCUGGCCACCAAGGCUGGCCACGGCCACGAGAGCAAGCGGCAGCAGGAGCUCACGGCCGCUGUCAUCGGCCUCAUCUGUGAGGGCCUGUACCCCGCGUCCAUCGUGGACGAGCCCACGUUCAAGGUGCUGCUGAAGACGGCCGACCCCCGGUACGAGCUGCCCAGCAGGAAAUUCCUCUGCAGCAAGGCCAUCCCCGAGAAGUACGGCGCUGUGCGUGAGGCCGUCCUCAAGGAGCUCAGCGACGCAUCCUGGUGCGGCAUCUCCACGGACAUGUGGAGGAGCGAGAACCAGAACCGUGCCUAUGUCACGCUGGCCGCCCACUUCCUGGGCGGUGGGGCCCCCGGCUGCCUGUCCGUGGGCUCCCGCUGCCUGAAGACCUUCGAGGUCCCCGAGGACAACACGGCCGAGUCCAUCACCAGGGUCCUGUACGAGGCCUUCAUCGAGUGGGGCAUCAGCGCCAAGGUGUUCGGGGCCACCACAGACUGUGGCAAGGACAUCGUGAAGGCGUGCUCCCUGCUGGACAUCUCGGUGCAGAUGCCCUGCCUGGGGCACACGUUCAACGCGGGCAUCCAGCAGGCCCUGCAGCUGCCCAAGCUCGCCGGGCUGUUGGCCCGCUGCCGCAAGCUGGUGGAGUACUUCCAGCAGUCGACCGUGGCCAUGUACAUGCUGUAUGAGAAGCAGAAGCAGCAGAACAUGGCGCACUGCAUGUUGGUGAGCAACCGCGUGUCCUGGUGGGGCAGCACGCUGGCCAUGCUGCAGCGCCUCAAGGAGCAGCAGUUUGUCAUCGCGGGCGUGCUGGUAGAGGACAGCAACAACCACCACCUGAUGCUGGAGGCCGCCGAGUGGGCCACCAUCGCGGGGCUGGUGGAGCUGCUGCAGCCCUUCAAGCAGGUGGCCGACAUGCUCUCCGCCUCCAAGUACCCCACCAUCAGCAUGGUGAAGCCCCUGCUGCACAUGCUGCUCAACACCACGCUCAACAUCAAGGAGACCGACUGCAAGGAGCUCAGCAUGGCCAAGGAGGUCAUCGCCAAGGAGCUGUCCAAGACCUACCAGGAGGCGCCCGAGAUCGACAUGUUCCUCAACGUGGCCACCUUCCUGGACCCGCGCUACAAGCGCCUGCCCUUCCUGUCUGCCUUCGAGAGGCAGCAGGUGGAGAACAGGGUGGUGGAGGAGGCCAAGGGCCUGCUGGACAAGGUCAAGGACGCUGGCGGGGGCUACCGGACGGCGGAGGACAAGAUGUACGCGCUGCCCGAGGAGCCCCCGGUGAAAAAGCUGGUGCUGGCGUCCACGCCGCCGCCCACCAGCGUCAUCAACAGCAUGCUGGCCGAGAUCUUCUGCCAGACGGGGGGCGUGGAGGACCAGGAGGAGUGGCACGCGCAGGUGGUGGAGGAGCUGAGCAACUUCAAGUCGCAGAAGGUGCUGGGCCUCAACGAGGACCCCCUCAAGUGGUGGUCCGACCGCCUGGCGCUCUUCCCCGUGCUGCCCAAGGUGCUGCAGAAAUACUGGUGCGUGGCGGCCACGCGCGUCUUUCCGGAGCGACUCUUUGGCUCCUCCGCCAACGUGGUCAGCGCCAAGAGGAACCGACUGGCGCCGGCGCACGUGGACGAGCAGAUCUUCCUGUACGAGAACGCGCGCAGCGGCACCGAGGCCGAGCCCGAGGACGAGGACGAGGGCGAAUGGGGCCUGGACCACGAGCAGGUGUUCCCCCUAGGGGACGCCGUGCACGCCGGCUUCUUUGGCAUCAGGGACGGCGGCUUCGUGUAGGUGCUGGCGGGGUGGGGGUGGGGUCGCCGUGGCGCUGGACCCCGCGGAUGUUCCGCUGUGAAUACCCACUGCCUGCGUGCGUGUGCGUGGGUGGCCGGGCCGAGGAGAGCAAAGGCACAGGAGGGAAACAUGGGGCUGCUGUGCGCGUCUUUCUUCGGGGAGCCCAGGCUCAUCGUCGCAAAGUGGCAGAAAUCGACAGAGAAAGUGCUAGAAGUCCCCACGCGCACCUGCUGGCUGCUGGUUGCAGAUAACGAACUCCGGGAGCAGCGCGCAGCCAGCAGGGACGGACGGUCGGAGGGAGGGAGCCCCGUUCGCUUCCUACAUAAAUUAAUUCCACCCCCAAGGCCGUCCUGUUCUCCGCGGGAUGGUUUGCGAUAAACCCCAGAAAAACAUCCAAACUCCCACAUCCUUCCCGGCCCACACGCCUUCGCUAGGCCUUCCCGGACCUGUUGCGCACAGGAGCUCGUGUUUACUGCCCAGCGGAAGCACACACUUUGCCUUUGGCAUGGCCGGGGACACCCCUCUCCGGCCCUCGCGCCCCGUGCGGGAGACGCACAAGCUUUGGGUUUGGUGCAAAGCAUGAAAAGAGCAAUAGGGCGCGGGCCGUGGGGACAACGCAGGCAAAGUAGUGGACGUGCUGUGUCUUCUGCCUUUUGUCGCCUCGCUGCAUUUCGCUCUGUGCACAUGGUCCUGGUGACCCUGAGGCGCUUGGGUCCUAUCCGUGCGC